AUGUUCAGAACGGCCUCAACCAGACGAUUGUUCUUCCAUCCGCCUUUGAGAAGAACUUACGCCACAUACAAGCGAUUCGACAAUGCAUCACCCUCGCAUUUCUCAACCUCAUAUUUCAAUUUCUUAAAAAAUAGGAAAACUUUAUAUGUUGGAGCCGGGUUUUUAGCAUUCUAUUUAUACAACCAAAAUGAAGCCCCAUUCACUCAUCGUCGUAGAUUUAUAUGGAUCCCAUAUUCGCUAGAACGGAAAAUAGGUGAUUACUCAUACCAACAAAUCCACUACCAAUACCAAUCCAAAAUCAUCCCCCAUAAUCAUCCUUUAUAUGCCAAAGUCUCAAAUGUCAUGAACAGAUUAUUAUCAGUUGCAUUUGCCACUGCCGUCCAAGACCCCGAUCACAAGCAACACCUCCAGAAUCUCGACUGGGAAAUCAACAUCAUAGCUGCAGAUAGUUCUAUGCCUCCUAAUGCUUUCAUAUUACCCAAUGGAAAAAUAUUCGUCUUUAGUUCAAUCAUCCCCAUUUGUGAAGAUGAUCAAGGAUUGGCUACUGUGUUGGCCCAUGAAUUGUCACAUCAAUUAGCCCAGCAUUCCCUGGAACAAUUAUCGGCCCAGCCAUUCUACAUCUUGAUUUCAACUUUGUUGUACAGUGUAACUGGCAUUUCAUGGUUUAAUGACUUAUUGAUAAAUGGGCUCCUAACCAUGCCAGCCUCACGAGAGAUGGAAUCAGAAGCAGAUCGGAUCGGGUGUGAAUUGAUGGCGAGAGCAUGUUUCCAACCAGAAAGUGCGAUUGGGUUUUGGAAUAGGAUGAAAUCGGCAGAGAAAUCAUUUGGUGGCAUGGCUAUGAGGGGCCCAGUAUCGGAUAUUUUCUCGACUCAUCCGAAUACGACUAAAAGAAUUGAUGAUAUUAAGAAAUGGAUGCCUGAAUUGAGAAGUAUUCGUGAGAAUUCUGGAUGUUACGAUUAUGGAAGAUUUGAGAAUUUUAGUAGGAAUUUCUUUGGUCGUGGAAGAUUGUAA